CCUCUUCUACGAACCAUCAAAAAACUGAAAUCAAGCAAAAGCCCCAAGCAAUACAUAAAAUUCAUUCUCUAAAGCUCACUCGAAAAUGUCGCUGAUCCCAAGAAUCUUCGGCGAUCGACGAAGCAGCAGCAUGAUGGAUCCAUUCUCAAUGGACCUGUUCGAUCCGUUCAGGGAAUUAGGCUUGCCAGGUUUCAAUUCAGGGGAGACCUCUACAUUCGCCAACGCACGAGUCGACUGGAAGGAAACUCCAGAAGCUCAUGUGUUCAAGGCCGAUCUUCCAGGGCUUAAGAAGGAAGAAGUGAAAGUGGAGAUCGAAGAGGAUAGGGUACUUCAGAUUAGCGGAGAAAGGAAUGUGGAGAAGGAAGAUAAGAAUGAUACUUGGCAUCGUGUGGAGCGCAGUAGCGGAAAAUUCAUGAGAAGGUUUAGACUUCCGGAGAAUGCAAAGAUGGAACAAGUUAAGGCUUCGAUGGAGAAUGGAGUGCUUACUGUUACUGUUCCCAAGGCAGAAGUGAAGAAGCCUGAUGUCAAAUCCAUUGAGAUCUCUGGCUAAACGCUUUGGCUAAAUAUUCAAAGUACUCUGUGUUGUAUGGGCAAAUAAGAAGUUGAACUCGUUGUGUUUGAAGUUGCUCUGUUUUUGUAUCAAAAGUCUCUGAGUCGUGUCUGUUUAUCGCUUAAUGGCGUAGUUGAUUUACCUUAAAAAAAAAUUCCAUGUUGAAAAUAUAAUACUAUUAGUAGUUUUGUAUUUUCCUUUAAUUCUGUUCAAAACUUCCAUGUGUGUUCUUUCUUCUUGACUCCUUGAAUGGAUCGUCUUCAUCUAUUAUUAGAAAGAAAUAAGAGCUAUAUUUUUUUUUCUUA